AUGGCUGCAUACUUGAAAAAGCCCUUCAAAGACAGCCUGAGUGGCAUAAAAGAACGAAUGAAAGAGAGAAGAAAUCAGAAAUGGAUACGGUUGGGUAAAACUAGCCAGACCUCCACUGUAAGGUGCAAAAUACCAGCCAACCACUCCAAGCAAAUAAAGAGCCUCCAAGCAAACAACAAAGCUCUAGCUCAGGCUUUGCAAGAAGAAAAGGUCCAACGGAGGGAUGCUGAGGCUACUGUUCUUUAUUUAACCAAAACCUGUCAAGACCUGAGGCUUCAGAUAUUUGACUUGGAAAGAAAACUAAGGUGCAAGCAAGAAGGACUUGUUGAGAAUCGACUGUCAGCCUUGAAUGAGAUAAUUUCACAGGUUUCUCAGAACUUACUGGACUCAAUUGAUCUUCUUGGCCCAGUGAAGGAUUUGUGUUCCAUUGCUGUAAAUCAGAGACCCAUUCCUGCAGCUCUCAAAAGUAGCUCCAGUGUCGUAGAACAAAUACAUUCUGUUAAGCUUAAUUUUCUGCCUGCGAAAGGCAAAGAUAUCCAAUUACCUCAGAGCAGGGUGGGGGCUGAUGAUGACAGAAAUGAGCUGGCUCACACUGUAGUUGACAUCUGCGAGGAAUCUGACAAAGAUCUUUCCUUGCUCACAGUAGUUCCAGAUAAAGGACAAACAUCUGAUUUUCAUCUGGACAGCAUGGGGUCAGAGCUGGAAAGUGUUUCUUUGAGUGGAAGUGAUGGAUUUGGUCAUGUGUUACCAAAAUGUGUGUCCACCAGGCGUCGCUAUUCAAAGAUGAGAAAUCACGAACUUGGCAUUGGUGUCUUGGACUACUCUGAAGCACCUGAUUCAAUAGAAGAGCUUUCUCAACAGGAUGAAAUUAGACUUGAAGAAAGUCUACAGAAGUGUACCGUAGAGAACAUAAAUUCAGAUAUUUCUCAGUUGAACAAGGUAGGCUUGCAGGUGGUGGAGGGGCAGAUAGAUUCUGAAACUGCACAAUUCAAGUUAAGCAGUGACUCUGAUCUUAAACGUGAGUGUAAAAGCAAAGAAGACUUUCAAAUAAGGAAAGAAAAGCAUCGGAAGAGAAAACUGCAGCGGCCUAAAAAUACUUCCAAACAAAGACCAAAACAAAAACAGGAUAAAGAGGUUUCUACAGAAAAGCUGGAUUUCUUGGGUGGCUUCAGCGAUGCUUACAACUUUAAUUUUGAAGAGCGUGUCCAUCUUACACCUUUUCGACAAAAUAAGGUGAAUGACACAAAUACUAGUGUGGAUGACAAGGACUCCUUAUCUGAAACUAGUACUAUGAAGUCAAGUGAUGUUGAGGAAGAUUCAGAUGACAGCCUCUAUGAGCCUUACAAGAGUAAAUCGAAAAAGAAAAGUUCCGCGGACAAGAAAGAUCCAUCACCAGUCUGUGCAAGGCCAAGGUCCAAAAGAUGUCUGUCUCAGCAUGAGGAGAAACUCCAUAACGACACAGAGACUGAAAGCAGUAAAUCAAGUGACAAGUCUGUUAGGCAGCCUUCUGAGCCAUCUCAUCGUCUGUGUGAUGUCACCAACACCAUUUCAUUGCUCCCCAGUGGUGGGCAUGCCAAUACAGCCCCGGGAGGUGAAGGACCCCGGUCUCCAAAACGCAAGCGAAGCUGCACUCUUACUGUGAGCUAUAAAGAACCAAGUAUUGCAGGGAAACUCCGGAGAGGAGAUCCAUUUACAGACACACAUUUUCUGAAUUCUCCAAUUUUCAAGCAGAAAAAAACUGCUAAAUGCCAUUCUGUUAAGAAAGAAGCUUUAUCAAAAUAUAAUGAGAAAUUUGUUGGUUGUUGCUGA